AUGAUAACUCGCUUUUACUUCCGUCUUUCAUAUCCUUCGAUUCCUCUGCAUCUUCUCCGGUUUGAAAAUACUUUUCUGCUGCGUUGGUUUGUUAAACUUCUUACUGAAUAUGGCGAAAAAACUGCAAACAAGAUGGAAUUCUUUGAGGGGCUUAUGAACGCCUUUAAAGAACAAAGGCAAGUCGAUAUAUGGCUCAAGUCAGGAGACCAAACCGAUGCAAUCCCCGCCCACAAACUUAUUUUGGCGGCAAGAUCGAAGGUGUUUAGGAACAUAUUGAUAGAUGAUUGCAAAGGUUUGUCGAUGUCGAAGGAGACAGUCACUCUUUCAGAGAUGACACAUGAUGAGCUAAAGACGUUUCUUGAGUUCUUGUACAACGGUUUGCUUCCUGAUACAAAACUGGCGCAGCACGUCCAUAAACUCUACCUAGCUGCAGAUAAAUAUGAGAUUCCAUACCUCCAAGAUCUCUGCAGAGAUGAGCUCAUCACCUCCAUGAACUCAUCAAAUGUAUUUGAUAACCUCGAGCUUGCAAAGAUUUACUCGGACAAGAUCCUAGAAGAUGCCGUCUCUGAGUUUAUCGCUUCAAACAUGGAAGAGAUUGCGUCCUCGAGUAAGUUCAUGUCGUUUGUGGAGAAUAAUCCGGCUCUUACUGUUCAAUCGAUAAGGGGUCAUGUGAAGAAACUCGAGAAUGGUUACCCCCCAAAGGCACGUAGAAAAAUAUAUUAA